GGCGGCAGCAAGCUGGUUGCAAAACUCAUACACACUUGUGUGUACUGUAGAAGAAUGCGGCGGCCUAUAGAGAGCCAACAAAUGGCUGAACUCCCAAAGGAACGCCUUGAAUCCUCUGCACCUUUUACAUAUACUGGCAUGGAUUGUUUUGGCCCCUUUAUUGUAAGGAAAGCCCGCAAAGAAUUUAAGCGAUAUGGAGUUAUUUUUACAUGUUUAUACUCCCGAGCGGUUCAUAUAGAAAUGCUAGAAGACCUAUCAACGGACUCCUUUAUUAACGCAUUAAGAUGCUUCAUCAGUCUUAGAGGAGCUGUCCGAAAAUUAUACUGUGAUCAAGGGUCUAACUUUGUGGGUGCCCAAAAUGAGUUUAAAAGGGCACUUAAACAAUGCAACUCCAAACAGUUAGAAGUCUUUUUAGCUGAGAACCAAUGUGAAUUUGUGUUUAAUGCCCCUUCUGCCAGCCAUGCAGGUGGUGUUUGGGAGCGACAAAUUAGAACAGUUAGAAGCAUACUAAAUGGUACUUUUGCUCUGUGCCCAGGCCGUUUAGAUGACUCUUCUCUCCGAACACUAUUGUACGAAGCCAUGGCAAUUGUCAAUAGUCGGCCACUAACAGUAGAUGGAAUGAAUGAUCCACAGGCUUUGGAACCUUUGACACCAAAUCAUCUUAUUAUGAUGAAAGCUCAAGUUUCCCUUCCUCCUCCUGGAGUGUUUGUAAAGGAAGAUUUAUAUGGGACAAAGCGGUGGAGAAGAGUCCAAUAUCUCAUUGAACAAUUCUGGAGUCGGUGGAAAAGGGAAUACUUGCUCAACAUAUCCACUAGACAGAAAUGGCACUUACCAAAGCGCAACCUGAAAGUCAAUGAUAUUGUUAUCAUAAAGGAAGAUCACCUUCCAAGAAACCAGUGGCAAUUAGGGCGAAUAGUUGAGGCAGUCCAAGAUGGCGAUGGCUUAGUUCGGCGAGUCAAAGUCAGAGUUGGCGUGCGCAAAGCGCAAGAAAAUCAGGGUUCCUCCUUUAAAAUGUCCGUUAUCGAGAGACCAAUUCAAAAACUAGUUCUUCUCGUGGAGAAUUGACAGUAGUUGUACACGCACACAGUUGAGAAAUUCUGUACAAUUCAUUUUACUGUUGUGUGUUCAUUGUAACAGAAUUUGGUGGGAGUGUAAAUGGCGUGUGGGUCUGUGAAUUGCGGGCACUUCCGUUUUUGCAUUUAUUUUGAAAGGCACCGCGCACAACCCCAUGCUCCCGUCUUUUUCUUAAUGAGGAAAUCUAGCACACCUGUCUGUAAACCUGUCCACACGCUGCACUGUCUGAGAAGCAGCGCAGCCACAUCGUAGGUGAGUCCACAAAUAAAUUGCAAGAGUUAUUAUUACUGCGGGAAUUUAUGUUUAUAUUCGUUUGGCUUGUAUUUGUUUGUGUAAAGACUGUAGUGUGGAGAGGUUAUAUUGGUUCGAUUGAAGAUAGCGCGCUCGGAAAGCAGAUGGAGUUUUCACGGUGUCAACAAAAGAACAAAAAAUGACUGAAAAUAAAGUUAAAGAACACCCGUCGAAGCCCUCUGCGUGUCGCAUCAUUCCGAGC